CGCUUUUUAAAUCAUGGUCGGUUGUGUGUUCGCUCGCUCUUGUGUACGUGCUGUUUAGCGCAACAGUGGCCGUUCUAGACAACACAAGACACUGACAUUUAAUGCAGUGGCCUGUUAUAUUAAUAAUAUGAAACGGAGGUAAAUGUUCGGAUACGGAUGUUGCUCUCAGCUCUACUCUUUGGACGAUCCCUGCCAUGAUCCCACUAUAAAGAAUAUAAAGAACAGCCUUGCCUCGGUCGUUUCACAGUUUCCCUCACAAUGAGACUGUACGCAUUUCUUCUGAAGAACCAUUUACCAAAGAUAGAAUAUUAUUCAAGGUUUUCACCAUCGCCCUUGUCAAUUAAACAGUUUCUGGAAUUUGGUCGGGAUAAUGCAUGUGAGAAGACGUCUUACAUGUUCCUCCGGAAGGAGCUGCCGGUGCGUCUGGCUAACACUAUGAGAGAGGUCAAUCUGCUGCCUGACAAGCUCCUCAGUCAACCUUCAGUUAAACUGGUGCAGAAAUGGUACAUGCAAAGUUUUUUAGAACUUCUAGAGUUUGAGAACAGGAAGCCAGAAGACCCACAUGCCCUGAAUGACUUCUUGGAGACUCUUAUUGAGAUCAGGAAUAGACACAAUGAUGUGGUCCCGACCAUGGCCCAGGGUGUGAUCGAAUAUAAGGAGAAGUUUGGCUUCGAUCCAUUCGUCAGCUCCAACAUCCAGUACUUUUUGGACCGCUUCUACACCAACCGAAUCUCCUUUCGCAUGCUCAUCAACCAGCACACUCUCCUUUUUGGCAAUGACAUCAACCCAGCCCAUCCCAAACACAUUGGCAGUAUUGAUCCCAGCUGCAAUGUUGCAGAGGUGGUGACUGAUGCAUAUGAGACCGCCAAGAUGGUGUGUGAGCAAUAUUAUCUAGCUGCCCCUGAACUGAAGAUAGAGGAAUUCAAUGCUAAGGCUCCUCAAAAACCCAUCCAGGCUGUGUAUGUUCCCUCCCACCUAUUCCACAUGCUGUUUGAAUUGUUCAAGAACGCAAUGCGGGCCACCAAUGAACUCCACGAGGGUAGUAAAGAGGGUCUUCCUCUUAUAAAAGCAAAAGUGACCCUGGGGAAGGAAGAUCUGUCUGUGAAGAUCAGUGACAGGGGAGGGGGUGUGGCUUUACGGAAGAUUGACAGGCUGUUCAACUACACCUACUCGACUGCACCAACACCCAGUCUGGACUCUAAACGUGUGCCAUUGGCUGGUUUUGGACACGGUUUGCCGAUAUCCAGACUGUACGCCCGCUACUUUCAAGGGGACCUGAAACUGUACUCGAUGGAAGGCGUGGGGACCGAUGCUGUCAUCUACUUAAAGGCCCUAUCCAGUGAAUCAUUUGAGCGCCUGCCCGUCUUUAACAAGUCUGCUUGGCGCCACUACCAAGGAGGCCCAGGAGCGGAUGACUGGAGCAACCCGAGCAAAGAGCCCAGAGAUGCCUCAAAAUACAAGGCCAAAAGAUAAUUGCACUCACCCCAUCCUUGUCCCACUGCACCCAUUACAGACCUUUCUGUCUUUAGUCUAGCUUCAGUUGCCAUGGCAACAUCACAUUGAUGCUGAGUGUUCUAUACUUGUUAGCAUUUCCAGAGCAGAACAUCUGAUGAUGUGUCAUUAAGUCUCUGCUCCUUCCUCCUUUGUGCAGCUAUAGACGUAAGACACAGAGCCUCGUUUUAGCGUCUUCCAGGGUGGUUAGAGGAUAGGGUUAACAUUUGUGUCCAGGGUGUAAGAUACUUUGGUUCUUUUUUUUGUAAUUGUGCCACACAGUAGCCCCCCUGUUUCAUUUUCUAAAACAGUCAGAGGAGGAAGCCUGGAGUUUGAGAUGGUCGAAACAAAGAGCAUUUCUUUCACUGCCUUUCAGAAAUGUGCAGGAACUAGAGAGAGAGUUUGUCCUCAGUUUCUUGGCAGUGAACUAAUGGAGAACCACUUUGAAAAGGCUCAGGAGAAAUGAAAAUAAUUUGGUUAAACUCAAAAUCUCAUAAAAUCUCAAACAUGUUGAGGUUAUUUUUCAUUCCAAAAUUAAAAGAAAAAAAAAAACAAUUUUGCAUAAAGAAAAUGAAGCUUUGUAGUACAAUUUUUUUUUUGUUUUUUUAAUAAUGUAGUAAGUAAUUUAUCAUAUUGCAUAUAUAUAUAUAUAUAUACACAUGUAAUAUAUAUAUAUAUAUAUAUAUAUAUAUAUAUUUUAAAAAUUAUAUACAUAUUGUGUGUAUAUACUAGGGCUGCACAACGAUUAAUCGCGAUUAUUCGUUUGCAAAAUAAAAGUCUGUGUUUACGUAAUAUGUGUGUGUGUUCUGUGUAUAAUAAUUAUGUAUAUAUAAAUACACACAUACAUGUAUAUAUUUAAGAAAAAAGUUAUAUUUAUAUGUAAAAUAUUUAUAUGUAAUAUACAAUAUAUAUAUAAAUAUACAUUUAUUUAUACAUGCAUAUAUUUCUUAAAUUUAUACAUGUGUGUGUAUUUAUAUAUACUUAAUUAUUAUACACAGAACACACACGUAUAUUACGUAAACACAGACAUUUAUUUUGCAAACGAUUAAUCGUGAUUAAUCGUUGUGCAGCCCUAGUGUGUGUGUGUGUGUGUGUAUAUAUAUAUGUGUAUAUAUAUAAUUUUUAAAAUAUAUUUAUAUAUUAUAAAUAAUAUAAAUAAAUAUACUAAUAUAUGUAAUAAACAUUUGUGUACAAUAAUAUAUAUGCAUAUAUACUAGUGCUGUCAAAUCGAUUCAUUACGAUUAAUCGCAUCUAACAAAGGUUUGUAAAUCUAUAUAUAUAUAAUAUAUAUAUAUUUAUAUACACACACAUAUUAUAUAUUUACAAACAUUUGUUAGAUGAGAUUAAUUACGAUUAAUCGAUUUGACAGCACUAAUAUAUACAUGUACACACAAUAAUUAUAUAUUUAUUACUUAUGUUUAUAUAUUUAUUUAUAAUAAAACAUACAGUAAUAUAUUUAUAAAUUAAUUUAAGUUUUAAAAAAUGUAAAAUUUAUGCUGAUUUUAAUUGAAAAAAAAAAAAUCUGUUCAGACAGAAUGCUUUUCAUUACUGUAUUACAGUAGUGAGAAUUUAAGUAGGAACAUGUGCUUAGUUCUCAUGAAAAUAUCACAAUGCAAACAAUUUCAGUGGUCCUAAAAAUAAUUUUCUUAAUGCAAAAUCUUUUUUUUUUUUUUAAUGUUUUAGGUGAAAUGUGAGCAGGAUAUUUCCUCGUUAGAUGCACCCAAAUGUUUUGGGGGUCAGGGAGUAUGCUGAUGAACUGAUGGAGGAAUGCACUUUUAAACAAAUCAAUGUCAUUUCAAAUAUGUAUUUAUUUAUUUAUUUGACCCCAAUUUAUUUGUUUUCCCUCAAGUUUUGCAUUUGUGUACAAGGGGAUAGGAGGUACCGAUUCUGAGCUGGGCCUCAGUAGCAGCAGUACAUCUCCUACAUUCACUGUCAGCGGUUAGCAAUACAAAGCUUCCUACAAAUGUAAAUGAAGAGAGACUGUGAUAAACUUUGAAGAAGAAUGCACCACAAUAGCCUAUUAUAGCAUUAGUGCUAUAAGUCUUGUAAAAGGAAAUACAUUAUGGACCCUGCAUGGUGACAUUUGAUAGUAGAUAGAAAGAUAUUUGCUUGCACACUUUGUUGGAACAAAGUUUAGGUGAUUUGAGAGAGAAAAUGUAUAGCUAGAUAUAAACUCAUUGAAGUGACUCCAUGAAAUGGCAUUUUAGCUUAAAAAUUACUUUUAUUAUACCACUACUUCUCAGUCAUUCCUUUUGAUGUAAUUAAUGUUUUCUAGAGAACUUCAUCUUGAAAUUAUUCCUGACAUGGUUCAGGACUGUUUGAAUGCAGUGAUUUUUUUGAAAGAGACAAUAGAUGAAAUGCAGUGCAGCUUGUCUGGUUUUCAGGAAUCAAUGCUUAACUACAAGCUUAACUUUGCCCAGGCUACUUAGUUUGUCUGUUUCACUGUCUCAAAAAAUACCCUGUCAUUGAUCACUUAAAGAUUCUUUUGUACGCACAAGUAUAUUUAGGUGAACCUGAAUGAUAUUUAUAUAGUUUUGCAUAUUAUUUGAAUUUUUGCUUUUUUAAAACUCCAUUUGUUCAGUAGUUUGUUCUGCAACACUCCAGGGUGAAUCUUAUGAAACCGGUCAAGAACAUGUCAGAAUCAUAUUUCAUCCUAAAAUCUGAAGAAAAAUGUAUUCUGCAUAAGAAAAAAAAAAAAUUUUUUGCAUUACAGUACUGAGAAUUGAGGAAUAAAAUCUACUAAAUUCUCAUUAAAAUAUUACAGUUUAAAAAAUCUUAAUGGUUCCAAAGUAGACUUUCCUCUUUAAACAAAAUAUAAUUUUAUUCUUGGAUUUUGAGAUGAUGAAAUAUGAUUUCCUCAUGCCUUAUGCUGUUGUUUUAUAUGGACCGAUUGUAUAUCUGAUGUUCUGUCGCUGUUCCACAUGUCGGAAUCUUUCCAUAGAAAUCGUUCAAAACCAUCUACAUCUGUCUUAAUGCUGGUUUGUGAUGUGUUUGGGGGUCUCGUGAGUCCUCGAGAACAUUUUUGGUGACAAAGGGCAUACAGUACCUUACAUUUCACAUAUGUUAUUGAAGUGUAGAUUUCAGUAUUUAUUUAAAAAUAUUUUUAAAAGGGUUUGUUAGUUUUUAUGUUUAAGUCAAUGAAGAAUGCACUUUGAUGCCUUGAACUCAGAGCGUUAAGAAGAGCAGACUGAAGUAUGCAAGCAUAUUCCUGUGAAACCAAGCCUUCACGGCCUUGCGUGUCGUAGUCAAGUUCAAAUAGUCAUCAAUUUUACUAGUAUACUCUCGUUUAUGCAUGCAUAAGGUCUGUUCAUACGCAGCACAUUAGGAAAAACUUUUACCUACAACCAUCUUGUAUCUGCAAAACGGACAUUUUUGUGUGACUAUUGCUGUUUUUUUGGACUCUUCUUUUUUCUUGUUCUUGGCGAGUAAAACACCACUGCUUCUAGAUAAAUGCUGUUUGGAACAAAAUAUGUGUUAGAUGAUUUUGUGUGAUGCUGACAUUGACACAUCAAUCAUCCUGAUGAAGAUAUUGACCUGUUGACAUUCCAUUUGAAGUACCUAUAAAAGAAGAACAAUAAAGAGAUCUUCCAGUACUAUCA